ACGGACAGCGAGUGAUUUAGUACAGUCAAACAAGCUGCUUAAAAAGUUCCCACAAAAAAAUUCCCAUCCCAAGACAACGGAGCAGAAUGGCUGCAAACAUCAAGACUCUUGUCUGCAUUGGACUUGCUGUUGUUUUAACAGGUGUGGGAAAGUCUGCCUUUAUUGGAAAAAGUCACAGUGGGGGAAAAGAUAACCUGGUUCUGCAGUAUGUAGUUAACAACUCCCUAAGGGAGCAUCCAGUCCUCACCAAACUCAGACUGAGGACCCUUGAAGAUCAAUGGAGCCGAAUGAUGGUGGCAGCAGAGCAAGCCCAGUUUAUGGCAAAUCUCAUACGACUGAUCAAUGCCACAAAAGCAAUUGAAAUAGGGAUGUACACUGGAUACAACGCUCUGAGCAUGGCUUUGGCCAUGCCAGAGAAUGGACGAGUGGUAGCUUGUGAAAUAGACGACACCUACAUAGAAAUAGCCAAACCCUUUUUUAAAGAGGCUGGAGUGGAAAAUAAGAUUGAUGUUCAGCAUCAAAUUGCACUUAAGACUCUGGAUGAACUGACAGCAGCUGGGGAAGCUGGAACAUACGACUUUGUGUUCAUCGAUGCUGAUAAAUCCAACUAUGACAGAUACUAUGAGAAGUCUCUGGAGCUCAUAAGAAACGGUGGCAUAAUUGCAAUCGACAAUGUGCUGUGGAGUGGAAAGGUUGUGAACCCUGCGCUUAAUGACACCACGUCACAGACUCUAGAUGCUCUUAAUAGGAAGAUACACAAGGACCAGAGAGUUGAACUGAGCAUGCUCACUGUGGGGGAUGGGCUCACCAUCGCUAUUAAACGCUAAUGGGGGAGUUUUUACGACACAAACGUGUUGAACUUAUAAUGAUACUAUUAAACCAUUUACUCCCUGUU